GGUACAACGAAAUCGCUGCAACAACGCGAAAACAAGAAAACGCAGAAGCUUCGAAGAGGAGCUUGCAGCCGCCGCAAAAACUGCUCCCAAGAGAAUCUUCGCAUACGUGAAGCGGCGCCUGAGGCCUGCAGCCAAUGUCCCAGUGUUAGAAGGCUCCGAUGGACAGCCCCUGACCUCGAGUACAGAUCGUGCGUCCGCAUUGGCGGCGCACUUCGCCUCUGUAUUUGCAAGUGACCAGGUGUCUGUAACGAGUUCGACGAGUACCGCUCCCGCUGAACUUGACAGCCUAGACUGCAGUAUUGAAGAUGUACGCAAGCUUCUAGCAAAUCUUGAUGGGACGAAG